AUGCCAGCACUGGCCAGUGCCGAGGAGCCUGAGGGUUGGAACCUGGGCCCCCCACCCUAUGCAGAGUACCGGCCUCCACCACUGGACGCUGUCCCCCUGCCCAGGGACGCACUCUACCUGCUGCUGACCGGGCUCCUGGUACUGGCAGUAGCCUAUGCCAUCGUGGGGCACCUCAUCAAGGACCUCGCCCACGACCUGGCUGAUUGGGCUUUCGGCCCCAAGCCGGACCAGGCGGACACCCCCCAGGAGCUGUGCACAAGCCUGGAGGGGCUUGACUUAGAAGAGCUGGACCUAGAGCUAGCCCGGGCCUGGCGGGGUGACGAGGAUGUGGGUGGAGACACCCAGCUCCCCCGACGCACCUCUGUCUCCUUUCAGGAGCCCCCAGCCCAUGGUGCUUCCUGGAAACUGGGCUGA